GUGACCAGGACUCCCGGGAGGAUAUGUUGAAAGGCAAACUUGUCCAAGAAGAGAACACUGUGCCUGUUAAGGCAUUGCGUGACGUAAUCUGGUGCUCCCUGAAGUCGUGCGCUGUCGGAAUGGUGCCAGCAAUACUGAUGCUGGCAGUGAGCUCGGUGGCAGCGUCGUGGCAAUUGGUCUGGAUCAAGCGCUGGACGGACGCGACCAGCGUCGGUGGCAAUCCUGGAGACCCCACCUGGGUUUGGGGGCUUGCGCUCCUCUCGGUCGGAACAGUGCUGUCACGGGCUGCCGGCAACGUACUGGUGGCGCUGGGUGCCAAUCGCCUGUCCCGGCUUCUUCAUCGCGACAUGCUCGACCGAGUGCUGCACAGCCCCGUCGCCUUCUUCGACUCGACUCCACGAGGCCGCAUACUGAACCGCUUCACGGCGGACGCGAGCACCCUGGACACCCGGCUUGCGUCGUACUCGCGCCAGACGGUGCAGAAUAUCCUGUUGGCCGUGGCCCGCAUCGCCGCCAUCGGCACCGAGCGUCUCGCCGUGCUCGGCAUCAGCGCAGCCGUCGCCGUUGUCUUUGCCUCGGGCAUGAGGUACCUGCCGCGCGCAGUGAACGUGGCGCGGUUCGCCAAGAACGCGCACCUCUCUCGCGUCCUCCAGCACGUCAACGAGACGGCCGAGUCGCUGAGCGUGGUGCGCGCACACGGAGCCACACGGCGCUUCCUAGCCCGCUUCUGUCGCCUAGCGGAUGCCAACUUGCGGCUGUGCCUAGCCAGCGUGGGCUGCGUGCGACUCACACGGGCCUUCAGCUCUGCUUGCGGACUUGCCGUGGUGCUGGCCACGCUCGCCUUCGCCGUCGACGGGGACCCCAGCACUACGGGCCUCGUGCUCAACUCGUCGCUGGCCAUACCGAUCAUCAUGGUUUCCUUGUGCACGGCCCUGCUGGGCGUCACACAGAUCGUGGUUGCCCUUGAACGCCAGCUGGAGUACGCAGAACUUCCAGAUGAGGAAUACCCUGAUGUCUCAAAACACGGCAGGCUCGUCCGUAGAGAAAGCUCUGCCGAAAGGAAGACGUCCCUUCGAGCUGAAUGGCCCACUGAAGGCCGCAUCAGUUUCCAGGACUUCUGCGCCUCGUACCAGCCAUCCAGACUGGACGACUGCCUCAGUCACAUCACAUUCACCGUCCUUCCACGUGAAAAGGUGGGCAUCGUGGGUCGCACAGGCGCCGGAAAGUCUUCGCUGGUGCUGGCUCUGCUGCGCGUCAUCAGGGCCACCAGCGGUCGCAUUCUCGUCGACGGAGUUGACAUCGCGUCAGUACCGCUGUCCAGGCUACGAACCGCCAUCACCGUCAUACCGCAGGACCCCUGCCUGGUGGACGGCACGCUGCGCGCCAACCUCGACCCUCGCGAGUGCCACUCGGACGAAGAACUAAACAAAGUGCUGCAGCAGACUCACCUCGCAUCAUACGUGCAGCGACAACCCGGUGGGCUUCGGCUACGCACUGGACCGGGGGGUGAGCACCUAAGCGUGGGCCAGAGGCAGCUGGUGUGUCUGGCGCGUGCCUUACUGCGGAGACCCAAGAUCCUGGUGCUGGACGAGGCCACCUCACAGAUGGACGGCGACACGGACAGCCUGAUCCAGGCGACGCUCAGGGAAAGCUUCGCCGCAAGCACCGUGCUCACGGUGGCACACAGGAUACACACAGUACUCGACUAUGACAAAAUACUGGUCAUGGGUGAUGGGAAGGUCCUGGAGUUUGCAUCCGUGCGAGAUCUCCUCCGAGACCCCAGCUCAAUAUUUUCCAACAUGGCUAGAUGUGCGGCCAUAUCUCAAAGCAUCAAGAGCCAAGACACGGAUGAACAAUCUGCACCAAGAGAAUAUACUCGACUCUGAAUUUCA